CCGCGCUGUGUGCGUCUCUCUCUCUCUCUCUUUCCCCACCUCUCCAUUAUCUCUUUCUUUCUUUCUCUCCAGAGAGAAGACAAUGCCUGUCUCUGGAGAUCCCUCGUCUUCUUCGACAACAAUCGGCCACCACAUCGGACUCCGACCAAUGAAUCUCCCACCACUUGUAACCACCGAUGAGCCUCUAAUCCCCAAACCUAGCCGCAUCUCUAAAUCCGCCAUGUCCUCCUUCUUCCUCUUACCUUCAUCAUCCAACGAACCCACCAGAAGAAAGAAACCAAACCCUUUUCCCCACACAACGUCGCCGUUUCGCAGCCUCGGCUGCACCUCCUCCGCCUCUCAGCAAGUUUCCGUCCCCGCCGUGAUCCGCUCCUCCGCUAACUGGGACGCGAGUGACGUUAAAGCCAAGAAGAAGACGAAGAGCAAGAAGAAGAACAAGGGUAGUUGCUACAGUGACGGCUCGGUUAAGAUCUUGUCUGAGGCAGACAAAAGCGGUUGCGGUCCGGUUCCUGAUGUUUGGUGCGGACCCGGAAUCGGGUUUUCCACCGAUGCGGUUGUCAGUGACACCGUCGAAGCGGAGCCUCCGAGAAGGAAUAUUCAGGCGAGACGCAAAAUCGAUGGAGAGGGCUCUUCUGUUCCUCCUAGGCGAUCUCAUAAUCAAGAAACUAAUCCUUACUUUGACUCUGAACAGACGCAGACGCUUUUGUCUGAUAGAUAUCAUCGUCAUCUACGACAACCUUACCCUAAUGGACUCGACGAGAUGAUGAUGUUACAGAAUGGUUUUGUAAUGGGAGGGAUGUUAAGCUCUCACGAUCACUUCCGUGACUUGAGACUCAAUGUCGAUGGCAUGUCUUACGAGCAACUUUUGGAGCUUGGUGAUAGAAUUGGGUAUGUAGACACUGGACUUGAUGAGAAACAGAUCAAAACAUGUCUCUAUAAAGUCAAACCGUUCCAGAGAGUUACACAACUAGAAGAUAGAAAGUGCAGCAUCUGUCAAGAAGAGUAUGAUGGUAAGGACGAGGUGGGGAAGUUACGAUGUGGGCACAGAUACCAUAUCCACUGUGUGAAACAAUGGCUGCAGAGGAAGAACUCUUGUCCUGUCUGUAAAACGGUGCCAUAUGUUUAAAAAAGUCUUAGGUAUAAAUGAUGAUGUGAUUCUUGAUUUCGGGAUUGAUCCUAUAUCAUAUUAUCUUAUGUUAGAUUCUUCUCUGGAGAUUUGCUAUUUUGUUUCUGAAAACAAAACUGGUUGAUGAAACAUUUGUAAGAAACACCACCAAUUUGUUAUUACUUUACCUAUGGAAGAAGUCACAGAGACAUUGUGAACCCCACAUUGCUUGUGGGUUAGAUUAGAUCAGAUCGAUCUUUUUUGUUGGUGAUUAUUAGGUCGGCAACUACUACAAAAGUGUUGGGUAGAUCUAACAUUGUUAAAU